CACCGCUGUGUGAGUUUGUGCUCCCGCCGGAAUGCUUUGAGCGGCGCACGCGCUUCCGGUCUGCCUGCGCUGGCGCUGUGUGGUGUGGUGUUGUGUUGUGAGGGCGUUAGCUCAGCGUUAGCUCAGUGUUAAACACGCAUGUGAGCUCGUGGAGACCCGCGGCUCUCAGCAUGGCGGUCCCGAUGGAAAGCCAGCUGCAGAGUAUCUUUGAGGAUGUAGUGAAAACGGAGGUGAUCGAAGAGGCGUUCACUGGCAUGUUUAUGGACAGUCCGGAGGAUGAGAGGACCAAACUGGUGAGCUGUUUAGGAGCGUUCAGGCAGUACUGGAGCACUCUUCCUCAGGAGUCACACGAUCAGUGCGUGCAGUGGAUCGUCCGCUUCAUUCAUAGUCAGCACAGCCCCAAACGCAUCUCCUUCCUCUAUGACUGUCUGGCCAUGGCGGUGGAGACCAGCCUGCUGCCUCCCAGAAUGGUGUGUCAGGCUCUGAUGAGCUCUGACAGUCUGGAGUGGGAGAGGACUCAGCUCUGGGCUUUGACCUUCAAACUCAUCCGCAAAAUCAUCGGAGGAGUCGACUACAAGGUGAAAAACAAACAAUGCAUGAGUUCGAAUCUGCUGAAAACCACGGACCUGUUCGAGCCGCAGACGGGUCUGCUGAGGUAUGUUCUGGAGCAGCCGUACUCCAGAGACAUGGUGUGCAACAUGCUAGGCCUCAACAAACAGACCUUGAACAUUGCUCAGGUAUGUUCACAAUCUUUCUGUUGUCUGCAGCUGGCCGGUCGGGGUUUGAUCAAAGGCAGGGAUCACCUGAUGUGGGUGCUCCUGCAGUUCAUCUCGGGAAGCAUUCAGAAGAACGCUCUGGCUGACUUCCUGCCCGUCAUGAAGCUGUUUGACCUGCUGUACCCCGAGAAAGAGUGUAUUCCAGUCCCGGACAUCAACAAGCCUCAGUCCACGCAUGCCUUCGCAAUGACCUGCAUCUGGAUUCACCUGAACCGCAAAGCUCAGAACGACAACUCCAAACUCCAGAUCCCCAUCCCACACUCGCUCAAGCUGCACCACGAGUUUCUCCAGCAGAGUCUGCGCAAUAAGAGUCUGCCCAUGACCGACUAUAAGAUCGCUCUGCUGUGUAACGCGUACUCCACAAACUCUGAGUGCUUCACCCUGCCCAUGGGUGUGCUGGUGGAGACCAUCUACGGUAACGGCAGCAUGCGCAUCACUCUGCCUGGCACCAACUGCAUGGCAUCUGGCUCUGUCACACCUUUACCUAUGAACCUGCUGGACUCCCUCACUGUCCACGCUAAGAUGAGCUUGAUCCACAGCAUUGCAACCCGUGUCAUUAAACUGGCCCACGCCAAGUCUAGUCUAGCCCUGGCCCCAGCCUUGGUGGAGACGUACAGCCGACUGCUGGUCUACAUGGAGAUCGAGUCCCUCGGCAUUAAGGGCUUUAUCAGUCAGCUUCUGCCGAACGUGUUCAAGUCGCACGCGUGGGGGAUUCUGCACACGCUGCUGGAGAUGUUCAGUUACCGCAUGCACCACAUUCAGCCUCAUUACCGCGUGCAGCUCCUGUCACACCUUCACUCGCUCGCUGCUGUUCCGCAGACCAAUCAGAACCAGCUGCACCUCUGUGUUGAGAGUACCGCUCUGAGGUUGAUCACGGCUCUGGGGAGUUCAGAGGUUCAGCCGCAGUUCACACGCUUCCUCAAUGACCCUAAAACAGUGCUGUCUGCCGAGUCAGAGGAGCUGAACCGAGCGCUGAUCCUCACGCUGGCUCGAGCCACACAUGUCACAGAUUUCUUCACUGGCUCGGACUCUAUUCAGGGCACCUGGUGUAAGGACAUCCUGCAGACCAUCAUGAACUUCACACCUCAUAACUGGGCCUCUCACACUCUCAGCUGUUUCCCUGCUCCCCUACAGGCGUUCUUCAAGCAGAAUAACGUUCCACAGGAGAGCCGCUUUAACCUGAAGAAGAACGUGGAGGAGGAGUACAGGAAGUGGAAGUCUAUGACCGUUGAGAACGACAUUAUCACACACUUCUCCAUGCAGGGCUCGCCGCCUCUCUUCCUGUGUCUGCUGUGGAAGAUGCUGCUGGAGACGGACCACAUCAACCAGAUCGGCUUCAGGGUGCUGGAGCGCAUCGGGGCACGGGCGCUGGUGGCCCAUGUGCGGACGUUUGCAGACUUCCUAGUGUACGAGUUCAGCACGUCAGCAGGAGGACAGCAGCUCAACAAGUGCAUCGAGAUCCUCAACGAUAUGGUGUGGAAGUACAACAUCGUGACGCUAGACAGACUCAUCCUGUGCCUGGCGAUGAGGAGUCACGAGGGGAACGAGGCUCAGGUCUGCUACUUCAUCAUCCAGCUCCUCCUCCUCAAACCCAACGACUUCAAGUAUCCAGAGAAGCUGUACUUCGAAGGUCUGGCAGAGCAGGUCAACCCUCCCAUUCAGCUGCACUUACAAUACCUGCCCAUCUACUUCGGUAACGUGUGUCUGCGCUUCCUUCCUGUGUUCGACAUCGUCAUCCACCGCUUCCUGGAGCUGCUGCCUGUGUCCAAGUCUCUGGAGACGCUGCUCGAUCACCUGGGGGGGCUCUACAAGUUCCAUGAUCGUCCGGUGACAUACCUGUACAACACGCUGCACUAUUACGAGAGACACCUGCGAGAUCGCACCAACCUGAAGAGGAAGCUGGUGCACGCUAUCAUGAGCUCGCUCAAGGACAACCGCACACCUGGCUGGUGUCUCAGCGAGACGUACCUGAAGUGUGCCAUGAACCCCCGGGACGACAACGUCUGGAUCCCCGACGACACGUACUACUGCAAACUCAUCGGGCGGCUUGUGGAUACCAUGGCAGGUAAAUCUCCAGGGCCGUUCCCCAACUGUGACUGGAGGUUUAACGAGUUUCCAAACCCGGCCGCUCACGCGCUACACGUCACCUGUGUGGAGCUCAUGGCUCUGGCCGUGCCGGGGAAAGACGUGGGCAACGCUCUGCUCAAUGUCGUGCUCAAGAGCCAGCCGCUGGUUCCUCGGGAGAACAUCACAGCGUGGAUGAACGCUAUCGGCCUGGUCAUCACUGCCCUGCCUAUUAGUUCUGUUGUAAAAGCCCGUUUCUUUCAACUGAGACUGUUGGCUAAAGUCAAGCCGUACCUGCCACAUAAGGAGAUUGAAAGUGUAAUUCAUGCUUUUAUAACAUCUAGACUAGACUACUUGGUGUCUUCAUCUUGGUGUUGCAGUGAUUUUAACCAUGGCUUUCACGUGAUUUGUGUGUGUGUGUGUGUGAGGUUCCUCUCAGAGGUGCUGAAGCCCAUCGUGAAGACGGAGUUCCAGCUGCUGUACGUGUAUCACCUGGUGGGGCCGUUUCUGCAGCGCUUCCAGCAGGAGAGGACCAGAUGCAUGCUGGAGAUUGGAGUGGCGUUUUAUGAGAUGCUUCAGGCUGUGGACCAGCACUGUAAACACCUGGCCUAUAUGGACCCCAUCUGUGACUUCCUGUACCACAUCAAAUACAUGUUUACUGGGGACAGCGUCAAAGACCAGGUAACUCACACAGACACUCACACGCACGCACACUCACUCACUCACUCACUCACUCAA